AUGUCUUGUCUACCGUGCCCCCCGUGCGGUCCGUGCCCGCCGAGCGGGCCUUGUUGCCCGCCGCCCACCGGCGGUCCUUGCUGCGUCAACCCCUCGCCGUGUCCGCCCUUCGUGAUGACGCCCAGCGGGCCUAGCCCGCCCUGUCCCUCGCCCUGCCUUCCGUGCCCCCUCAAGCCGUGCGCGCCGCCCUGUUGUGCCGGCGUCCAACCCUGCGGUUCGCCGCCCCCGUGCAGCGUGUGCGCCCCGCCGUGCGGGCCCUGCGUGCCCCCCCAGGCCUGCGUCUACGUGCCCGUCGUGACGCCGUCCUUCAGCGCUUGCUUCUGCAAGAAGAAGGUGUGCCCCUCGAAGGACCCCUGUCCAUACCCUUAG